ACUAGUACCUCACGAGUCACGGGUCCCUCAAUAGUCCAAUUCCUCUUCUUUCGCUCUUUCUCAUCCAUCCAUCCAUCUAUCGGUUUAUCCCCAUUCUCAAACCCUAGAUCCCCUUUUCUUCUCUUCUUGGCCGCCGCCACGAACUCUUUCACCGUCGUUCCUCUUUAUCUAAAUCAGUUUUUCGAUUGAUAAUUCAUUCUUUCUUUUUCGAUCUAUAUAAUUUUUUCUUAUUCCUUUCGACUUUCCAAAAACUAAUUUUCUUAUUUUUUUUUUCUUUCUUCGCGCGCUUCCGAUCUGGUUGCGCUGAUCAUGGCCUACAAACGACCCUUUGAUGAUGAAGUGGUUGAUGAUGGUUCCUCCAAGCAUCAGAGACAGGAUGGACCCAUUGAUGAAAUUAAUUUAUGUAAUGAUAGUUUCUCUAGGCAAGGUGCCUCUGGGAAAUCUUCUGAUAUAGGUGAGUCUAGCAUUGGAAAAUAUGAACUGGACUCUCGUCAGGAUCCUGAAAAUAGCUGUUGUCCUGUACUACCAAGAAAGAUGGUAGAAGAUGUUGAAAGGGGUGUUCCUAGAUCUUCUUCUGUAUCUCAUUGGGCCACCAGUAGUACAAGUGAUGAAGAUGAACUGCCUGAAGAUGUGCGUCAGUUGCCUUAUUACUCUGGGUAUAUCAGUUUUGACCAUCUUAUGAGGCCUGGAAUAAAUAUUGAUGAUGUAUAUAACUUGUUGGAUCAUCCUCCCCGGAAGCGUGUUCCUGUUGGGCCUGAUCACCAAGCGGAAAUUCCUAGUUGGGGAACCGAGGUAAAUGGAACGACUUUAGAUGGCUUGGGAUCAACGGAACUCGGUGGUUACUGUAUCAUGUCUAUUUCAAAGACGGAGCCUCUGCCAUACAAUGGCGAGAAGUUUGGUGAUGGCAGGACCGACUGUGAUUGUCUAGAUCAGGGGUCUGUGAGAUGUGUCUGGCAGCACAUUGCAGAAGCUAGAGAUAAGCUCAGAAGGACCCUUGGCGAGGAUAUUUUCAUGCAGCUGGGCUUUAAUGACAUGGGAGAAGUGGUGGCAGAUAAGUGGAGUGAGGAGGAACAGCAGUUAUUCCAUGAGGCGGUUUACGCCAAUCCAGUUUCAUCAGGUACAAAUUUUUGGAACGUUCUUUCAGCCGUAUUCCCUUCUCGAACCAAGAUGGAGAUUGUCAGUUACUACUUCAAUGUGUUCAUGCUCAGAAAGCGAGCUAGACAGAAUAGAUGUGACUCGAUGAACAUAGAUAGUGACAAUGAUGAAUGGCAAGGAAGUGAUGUUGAUGGGGGCGAUGGAGGGGUGUCAGAUGAAGAUGAAGAUUCAGGUAUUGAGUCCCCUAUAUGCCACGAUGGUCUUGUCUUUCAUCAAAAUGGUUUGCAUCUGCAUGAAGAUGAACAUCAACCAGAGGAUGAUGCAGAACUUUCAGAUGAAAUCCGAGAAUAUGAUGACAACAAUGAUGAUGGAAUUGUGCGAAAACCUGAUCCUAAUUCUACCUUUGAGCACCCUCGCAAGAAAUCUGAUGAUGAUGUCGAAAAUGAUGUCCAAGACGGAUCAUGCACAUCAUCAGAUUCAGGAGCUAACGUAGAAGCAUCACGUUUAAACCCCGACGGUUGUCAAGAAUGGGGUCACUAUAUCAUUGAUUCCUCCGAUGCUAAAGCCUGGGAUGGGUAUAAUAGCGUGAGCUGCUCUAAACAUGUAGAUUUCUUGCCAACGUGCAUGAUUGAAGAGGUCUUUAGAGAUGAUCAUUUUGACUCCGAGGGUAAGAAAUGGCGAGGACCGAGGAACCUGUAAUAAUGAUGGUGUUUUAUAAGUCCAGCAUUUUUAUCCUGGCAUUUGAGAUUCAAGCACUCGAGAGUAAUCGUGUGCCUACCGCUUAUCUGCAAAAGGCGAGCAUCUGUCUUACUUUGUUUGUAGAGCUCUAGAGGAUCCAAUUUUCCUGAUGUAAAUUCCCAUUUGAGUGGAAGAUGAAAGAUCCAGCAUAAAGUGUAAAAAUAGUAACUUUUACUUAAUCUUUAUAGCGCACCUACAUAAGCCGUGCGCAUCUUUUUUUUUUUUUUAGCUUCUCUUGUCUUUUACAGCUUGUAAAAGCUUCUGGGUUUUACAACUUAAUUUUGACCCCAGUUUUUUAAUAUGAAAUAAACUUGUUCUAGUAUGAUUUCCUAGUAUUUUCUGUC